AUGUCGCAGGCAAUCAAAAUCGUGGAGAAAAAUAGACCUAGAAACUUCCAGUCUCUCUACCAGAAGCAGCGUGAGAGUGAAAAGGGCGAGGCGAUCAACCCUCAGCUCGAAAAAAUCCGCAAGGAAAUUGCGAUCCUGAAGAAGUGCGACCAUCCCCAUGUCGUGAAGCUCAAGGAGGUCAUCGACGAUCCCGCUGCCGAAAAGAUCUAUUUGGUCUUGGAAUAUGUCGCUGGCAGCGACGUUCACUGGAGACGAGGCGAUUUUGACACAGCCUCGCCAGUGCUAACCCUGGACGAGUCGCGGCGCAUUUUCCGUGAUGUCCUCUGCGGCGUUCAGUACCUUCACUUCCAGGGCAUCGUGCAUCGGGAUAUCAAGCCUGCCAAUCUUCUGCAGACGCCAACCGGACGUAUCAAGAUCUCGGAUUUUGGUGUCUCGGUCUUUAUCCGCCCCAAGGUCGACGGUGGACUGAAGAAGAAGAAAUCGACCAACACCUGGAGCUCCGAGACAAGCGAAGAUGUGAUGCCUUCCAUGGGUGCCGAGCUUGCGAAAACACAAGGAAGCCCUGCGUUCCUGGCACCGGAGCUUUGUGCCAUUGGCGAAGACUACUACGCUCUGAUGAAGAGCAAAUCCUUCUAUGAGAAGGACCAGUCGUCGCUUGGCAAGGGUAUCGAUGUCUGGGCCAUCGGCGUCACGCUCUAUUGCCUUGUCUUUGGCAAGCUACCCUUUUUCCCCAGCUCCGGAGCACUCGCUGAGCUGUAUAGCUUGAUUGUGAACAAGGAGUAA